GUAAUUCUAUCGAUAUCUCCACAUCUCAGUGAAAAUCAAGCGUCACUUUUUUAAGUUCAUGGUAUAUAAACAUUUUAUAUAGUUCAUGGUAUAGCACCUGUAAAAGAUAAUCUAGAAAAAUGUCGAGCUACUGCGGUGCCUGUCGAAAGAGAACCAACCUGAAAACGUUUCGAAUGCCAGUUAAUGAACAAAAAAGAAAAUUAUGGGCUGAUUCGCUGGAUAUCGAAUACACAAAUCAAAGAAUUUGCGAGAAUCAUUUUAAAAAGACUGAUUUUUACUAUGCCGACAGUAUGAAUAGUAAACGGCGACUUCGACUGCGCGCCGAAGCCAUUCCAGAGCAAUGUUUAUUGUUAUUUAAGGACAAGAAACUAGGCUCGCCGUCAGAAAACGCAGAGCACAGAGAGAACCAGAUAAACGAUGAAACGGAAGCCGCUCCCAGCUACGAUAAUUAUCAAACAGAAAACCCAUCGGCCGCGUCGUGUGAAAGUCCGCCCAUUGAUGAAGAUGACUCCCUCGACUCCAUGUUUCUCGAAGAUGACGAUCCCCUGGCAGGCGAAGACAACAAGGAAACUGUUAAUCAGCUGAUGAAGUGUCGGGCCUGCUAUCGGGACUAUCAGUUUGACUCGAGUGCCAAAGAUGUCUUCGUCAAGCAGAACGCUGUUUUGCUGUAUCGCAUCGAAGUCAUUUGCGGAGUUUGGCUCACCAGCAUCGAAGGCGGACCACGUUACAUGUGUCCGGAUUGCCAGUCGGCCCUGAAUACGGCAAUAGAGUUCCGCGAGAAGGUCAUAAGUACGGAGGUGAAGCUAACGCAGGGCAAUCCCGUGUGUGAUAUUGCCGCUGUCGAAGUGGAGUUGGACUCGGCUGAGAAUUAUCAAGGAACGUCAACGAUUGAGUGGCCCUUGGGUUUGAUUUGUAAGGAAGAGGAUGAGGAGGCUAAGGCACAGAACACUAUCCUUAGCCCGAAUAUAGAAAUGCUAGAGCCCCUGGAGGAGGACAUCGGUGCAGACCCGUCAGAUCCACUGAGCGUUGCUCGUGGCACCGAUAUCCUCAAGGAGCUGGUAAUCGAACUAAUUGGUACAGAUAAAGUCACACCUGAGAGGCCAGCCAGGAAAACAAAAGUCGAUGGCGAGGAAGAGGACGAAGAGACCAUAGAAGAUGCCAUUGAAAAUUACAUGGACGAUGUCAUUGAAGAGGAAAGCAGCGAGCAGGCCAAGAAGCAGGACAAGAAAAAGGCAAAGAAGGCAAAGGCUCGCGAGGCACAGCCAAAGCGAAAGGUGAACGCCAAAUUGAAGCGGGAACGGGAACGCAUACGUCUCGCCAAGAUGAGGGAAAAGCCACCAAACUAUGUGUGCGAUCAAUGCGGAUCGGCCUUCCAUUUGGUGCACAAUUUACAAAUUCAUAUGCUUCGUCAUAGCCGCACAAAGAACUUCCAGUGCACGGAAUGUCCAAUGAAAUUCUACGAUGCCUACAUGAGAAACAUUCACAUACGCGUUCGUCACAAGGGCGAGCUGCCCUUCGCAUGCAGACAUUGCCCCGAGGCAUUUACAAAUGCUGGCGCCCGUCAUACUCACGAAUGCAAAUUACAUGGCGUUAAAGUACCCCAAAGUAACAGUAAAGCCGUUCCCAAGGAAAGGCAACAACCGCAGCGCUUCUUUUGCGAAACUUGCGACAAGAGUUAUGUCUCAAAGUACGCCUUAGCCUGGCACGUCAAAUCGCAUGCAGAGGCGAACGCCUUCAAAUGCAAACUGUGCGACAAGAGCUACAAUGCGCCAGCGAUGCUGAAGCAACACGAAAGGGUACACAAGGAGCGGCCACUGCAAUGCGAUGUCUGUCUGAAGGGAUUCUAUCAGCGCACCAAGCUCAAAGCUCACAAACUUAUACACUCGGGCGAGCGACCACAUCGCUGUGAACUUUGUAACGUUCAUUUCCGGUAUAAAACAAACUUAAAGACCCAUGAGAACACGAAAAUGCAUCAGGAGAAUUUGAGAAAGGUUCAUGAGAGUGUAACCGUUGAUAUUGAAUAAAAUAACACUGUUCUUCCCCAUGUUAUAUUGUU